CAGUGGUCAGACGAUGCCAAUUUCUAUGGGCAUCGAGCCUUCGGGUCAAAUGGAUAGCGACCCACUCCGAGCGUUCGGGAGCUUCUCAAUUUCAUCUCGCCCGAGUCACCCAAAGCCUCGUCGUGGUGCAUCGGCGCGAUUGAACUUGCAACAAUUACAAACUCAUGUUCGGGACCCCGAGCUUGCAAGCAGCGAGACACAUUGUCAAAGAAUGGAGUCCCAUGCUAGACCAUUAUUGACAAUGAUGUCGAACACAUUUCAGAGAUAUAAAAAAGGCGAGGUACGUUGCUGGACCUGUACCAUGGCCCAUAGUCGUCGCAGCAACAUCAACCAUACAGAACCCAUAGUAGAUCCUACACCAUGACCCAAACCGCAGCUCAAGCUAGAGGAGUGAAAGCCAUGGGAUCCAACGGGCCUCCAGGCUUUCCGCCGUCGACCUCUCAGGGAAGCACGUCUGAAGUAGCCGAGAACCCAGGAGGUCAAGUCGAGCAGACCUACCCUCCGACAAGCAAGGUGAUCGCUAUCAUUUCAGGCCUCUAUAUGACCGCAUUUUUGAUCUCCCUCGACAGAUUCGUCAUUGGCGUCGCUGUUCCCCGGAUCACCGAUCAAUUCCACUCGCUUGGAGAUGUCGGAUGGUAUGGAUCUGCCUACCUUUUGACUGCUUGCUCCAUGAUGCUGCUCAUCGGCCGGUUGUACACCAUGUUCAACCCGAAAUGGGUGUACUUGAUUGCGCUCGUUGUCUUCGAGAUUGGGUCAGCAGUAUGCGGCACGGCGCCCAACUCGAAGGCUCUGAUUGUCGGUCGUGCUAUUGCAGGCUUGGGUUGUGCUGGUCUCUUCCAAGGCGCCAUCAUCAUCAUGGUUCACGUCGUGCCACUGCACAAACGGCCGCAGUAUAUGGGCAUCGGCGGGCUCGUAUUCGGAUUUUCCAGCGCCGUCGGCCCGUUGAUUGGAGGGGCAUUGACCAAUGGACCUGGCUGGCGAUGGUGCUUCUACAUCAACCUACCCUGCGGAGCUGUGGCUAUCGCCAUGAUUGUUCUCUUUUUGCACAUUCCCGCGGGAAUGCUUCAACAAAACUCAUCAACACUGAGAGAAAAAGCGGCUCGACUUGACUGGCUGGGCACUGCCUGCUUUUUGCCCGGCAUCAUCUGCUUGAUACUAGCGCUUCAAUGGGGUGGUGUGACUUACAGCUGGUCCAAUGCCCGUGUCGUUGUCCUCCUUGUCCUCGCGGGAGUCCUUUUUGUCGCCUUUGUAUUGAUCCAAAGGUGGAAGGGCAAAGAUGCUACCAUUCCUGGACACAUACUUCUCAACCGAAGCAUACUCGCAGGUGUUUGGUUCUCCUUCUACAAUGGUGCCUGCAUGCAAACAAUGCUCUAUUUCUUACCGAUCUGGUUCCAGGCAAUCAAGGGGGCAUCUCCGAUCAAAUCUGGUGUCAUGACCCUACCCCUUGUGAUUGGAUUGGUGAUUGCAUCAGUUUCGGCAGGCAUCCUAACUAAGAAGACCGGUUAUUUCACACAAUGGAUGAUCUUGUCGUCAAUCAUAACGCCAAUCGGCGCCGGGCUGACUUCGACCUUCUCAGUCCAUACCGGUCAUGCGGUGUGGAUAACUGCGGGCGCCCUUUCCGGUUUUGGUUUUGGCCUUGGAUCUCAACAGCCUUCAGUUGGAGCGCAAACAGUACUUGCUCGUCAAGAUGUCCCGAUUGGAGCAUCACUGAUGAUGUUUUCCCAGAUGCUGGGAGGCGCUGUUUUCAUCAGUGUUGGCAACAAUGUCUUCGAUUCUCGGUUUGCCAAAGACCUUGCGAAAAUUUCUGGGCUCAAUGUGGCUUCCAUUGUUGCAACAGGAGCGACAGAACUGAGAUCGAUAGUAUCGGCGAGCAUGUUGCCCCGGGUAUUGGUGGCUUACAAUGAGGCGUUAAGAAGCACCUUCUACCUGGCGACAGCGCUAGCGAGUGCUACGAUAUUUGGGUCUGUAGCUAUGGAAUGGAGGAGUGUCAAAAAGGAGCAGAAAGCGAAGAGCGAUGAUACAGCACAGGAAAAGAGUCAGCAGAGCGAGGAAGUGUAAGGAGAAGAAUGGCAAGAUACAGGUAGGGCUUUGGGUGUCGUGGAGUGUUCUAUGUACUGC